AUGACUACAAUAGCAGAUGAAACGCAGCCGUUGCUGCGCCAGAGAACUGCCGACAGCGUGGACAACAAAUCCGUGACCCAAGACGAUGUGGUGGUUGACUUCGAUGCCGACGGCGACGACGAGAAUCCUCUGGACUGGCGGCCAGCCUACAAAUGGGGCAUCGUCGCCCUGCUCUCCUUCAUCUCUUUUACAGUAACAUUCACAUGCCUAUCAGUCGUCCCCGUGUCCACUCACAUCGUGGACGAGCUGAGCCACGGCCACGGCAGCAAAUCGGCCAGUGUCCUCCUCGUCACGAUCUGGGAACUCGGGGAAUCGGCAGGACCGCUCUUGAUCGCCCCCCUGUCCGAGAUAUUCGGACGGUACCCAGUCUUUAAUGUGGCCAAUGUGCUGUUCAUCGCGGCGACCAUCCUCGCCGCACUGUGCCAGAGCACGCCGCUCUUCAUUGCCGCGCGAGCAUUGACCGGCCUGGCCGUGGCGUCGAAUGUCCUCAACCCGGCCAUCGUCGGCGACAUGUUUGUGUCUGACCAGCGCGGCUCCGCCAUGAGCAUGGUGAUGCUGGCGCCGCUGGUCGGCAGCGCCGUCGGGCCCGCCAUCGCCGGGCAAGUCGCGCAGAGCCUGGGCUGGCGUAAUGUCUUGUGGAUGAGUGUCGUUCUCGCCGGCACAGGCGAGAUCGUCUUCCUCACCUAUUUCCGCGAAACCUACAAAGUCGCCAUCCUCAAGCGCCGUGCUGCCAGGCUGCGGGCCGAGUCCGGCAACCCGCAGCUCAAGACGGUCUUUGGCGACGCGGACAUGAAGACCGAAACACAGCAUAAAUUCUGGGACUCGAUCAUGAGACCUGCCGUUGUGUUUUACAGCUCCGCCGUCUUGCAGGCCAUGUCACUGUUCGGGUCUCUCCUGUUCGCUUACUUCUACAUCUUCUCGACCACGCUGCCGGAUAUUCUGGAGCAGAUCUACGGCUUGUCGCCGGCCAAGACGGGCUCGACGUUCAUUAGUAUAAGCGUCGGCUCCGCCAUCAGCGUCGCAGUCAUCAACCGCACCCUCGACGGCAUCUACAUCCACCUCCGCACGCGCAACAAAGGUAUCGGCGAACCCGAGUUCCGGCUGCCUCUUGUCAUCAUCGGCGGCUUCACCGUGCCGUUCGUCGUCGCCCUCUACGGCUGGACCGCCCAAGCCCAGCUCCCCCUCUGGGUCAUGGUGCUGGCGAUCGCCCUGCUCGGCAUGACCACCAUGCUGGGCUUCAUCCCGCUGCUGACGUACGUGGUGGAUGCGUUCAAGCUGCACGCCGCCUCGGCCAUGACUGCCGUCAUUGUCACGCGGUGUCUGAUGGGCACGUUUCUGCCGCUGGCUACGCAGCCACUGGUCGAUCGGUUCGGGUAUGGUUGGGGGUUCACGGUCCUUGCUGCUGCUAGUCUCUUUGUGGCCCCCAUUCCUGUCUUGGUCUUUAGGUAUGGUGUGCGGUGGAGGCUUUUGUCGAAAUAUACGAGUGAGGAAUGA